GUCAGUGUCGGCGGACCCGGCCGGCCCAGGCCCGCGCCCGCCGCGGCCUCGAGAGGCCCCGAGAGGCCCCGGCCCGGCGGCGGCGGCGGCCAUGGCCGGGGGGCCGGGCCCCGGGGAGCCCGCGGCCCCUGGCGCGCAGCACUUCUUGUAUGAGGUGCCGCCCUGGGUCAUGUGCCGCUUCUACAAAGUGAUGGACGCCCUGGAGCCCGCCGACUGGUGCCAGUUCGCGGCCCUGAUCGUGCGCGACCAGACCGAGCUGCGGCUGUGCGAGCGCUCCGGGCAGCGCACGGCCAGCGUCCUGUGGCCCUGGAUCAACCGCAACGCCCGUGUGGCCGACCUCGUGCACAUCCUCACGCACCUGCAGCUGCUCCGCGCGCGGGACAUCAUCACAGCCUGGCAUCCUCCCGCCCCCCUUCCGCCCCCAAGCACUACUGCCCCGAAGCCUAGCAGCAUCUCUGCACCCCCUCAGGCCGAGGCCUGGAGCCCCAAGAAGUUGCCGUCUUCAGCCUCCACCCUCCUCUCCCCAGGCCCCCAGACCCAUUCACAGCCUGAGCUCGGCCUGGUCCCAAGCCCUGCUGCUGUCCAGCCACCACCACCACUGUCUCCAGCCUCUUCCUCUGCCAAGCCAAGCCCGGAGAGCCCAGCGCCCCUCCUGAAGGGGGCCCACCCCUCUCCAUUCUGCUGGCCCCUGUGUGAGAUUUCCCAGGGCACCCACAACUUCUCAGAGGAGCUCAAGAUUGGGGAGGGCGGCUUUGGGUGCGUGUACCGGGCGGUGAUGAGGAACACUGUGUAUGCGGUGAAGAGGCUGAAGGAGGAGGCUGACCUAGAGUGGGCCGCAGUGAGGCAGAGCUUCCUGACCGAGGUGGAGCAGCUGUCCAGGUUUCGUCACCCAAACAUCGUAGACUUUGCUGGCUACUGUGCCCAGAGUGGCUUCUACUGUCUCGUAUAUGGUUUCCUGCCCAAUGGCUCCCUGGAAGACCGUCUCCACUUCCAGACCCAGGCCCGCCCCCCUCUCUCCUGGCCUCAGCGACUAGACAUCCUUCUGGGCACAGCUCGGGCAGUUCAGUUUUUACAUCAGGACAGCCCCAGCCUCAUCCAUGGAGACAUCAAGAGUUCCAACGUCCUUCUGGAUGAGAGACUGAUACCCAAACUGGGAGACUUUGGCCUGGCCCGGUUCAGCCGCUUUGCAGGGGCCAACCCUAGCCAGAGCAGCACUGUGGCCCGGACGCAAACCGUGCGGGGCACCUUGGCCUACCUGCCCGAGGAGUACAUCAAGACAGGGAGACUGGCCGUGGACACUGAUACCUUCAGCUUUGGGGUGGUGGUGCUGGAGACGCUGGCAGGGCAGAGGGCUGUGAGGACGCACGGUGCCAGGACCAAGUAUCUGAAAGACCUGGUUGAAGAGGAGGCUGAGGAGGCGGGGGUGACCCUGAAAAGCACCCAGAGCGCACAGCAGGCGGGUCUGGCAGCGGAUGCUUGGGCCACUCCAGUCGCUACCCGGAUCUACAAGAAGCACCUGGACCCCAGGCCUGGACCGUGCCCACCCGAGCUGGGCCUGGGGCUGGGGAGGCUGGCCUGCUGCUGCCUGCACCGCCGGGCCAAGAGGAGGCCCCCCAUGACCCAGGUGUAUGAGAGGCUGGAGAAGCUGCAGGCCGCAGCAGCAGGGCUGCCUGGACAGCCGGAGGCCGCGAGCUGCAAGCCCCCUUCCCCGCAGGAGAACUCCUACGUGUCCACCACUGGCAGUGUCCAGAGCGGGGGUGCGCCUUGGCAGCCCAUGGCAGUGUCACCGGGAGCCCCAGCCCAGGCUGCAGAGCCGCUCCAGAAAGGCCCCAACCAGCCUGUGGAGAGCGACGAGAGUGUAUACGGCCUCUCUGCUGCCCUGCACUCCUGGCACUUGACCCCGAGCUGCCUGCCAGGCCCGCCACCCCUCGGGGAGGCUGGCUGUACUCAGGGGGACACUGCUGGAGAGUCGAGCUGGGGCAGCGGCGCAGGGCUUCGGCCCACAGCCGUGGAAGGAUUGCCCCUGGGCAGCUCCGUGUCCUCAUCAGAGCCACCACAGAUUGUCAUCAAUCCAGCCCGACAGAAGAUGGUGCAGAAGCUGGCCCUGUACGAGGAUGGAGUCCUGGACAGCCUGCAGCUGCUGUCAUCGACCUCCCUCUCAGGCUUGGGCCUGGGACAGGAAAACAGGCAGGGGCCCGAAGAGAGUGAUGAAUUUCAGAGCUGAUUUGUUCACCUGGGCAGAUCCCCCAAACCCGGAAGUCAAAGUUCUCAUGGUCAGAAGUUCUCAUGGUGCUGGAAUCCUCAGCAGCCCACAGGCAGUGGGAGUGGGGCCCCAUCAGGGGAGAGAAAGUGGUGGCCCCCGUUGUCCUAGGGGUGUGGGCACACGCAGGGCCCCGGGCCAGCCAGGCAGGUUUGCUGGAAGCCGUUGAUAAGGGCAAGAUGUCUCAAAGACCUGCUGUCAUGUCAGUUCAGCGUUCCUGUUCCCGGGGAAAGGAAAGCUGAUACCAUCUAGGGGUGGGCGGGGUCGCGCUUGUCAAAGGCUGCUGGCAGCACAGGCUGGGGAGGAGAGGGGAAGUGGAGCUGCUGUGCCGAGGGUUGCAGCAGGGACCAGCUCCUCCGAGAGCGAGACAGGGUGUCUGCAGCCCAGGCCUGCAGCAGCAGCUCUGAGCCCACCUCUUUGAACUUUUCUGAAGUCCUAAAGAGAAAGUGGCCGCUCUGCACAACAGUACAUGAGGCCCGGGGCCCUCCCAGCCACUUACAAUUUGGAAAAGUAAAAGUAUGGCUGUCCUGUGGUUCAGUCCACUAGCAAGAAGUGAGAGUUUUGAGAUCCCCCAGAGAGGCUAGCAGGACACCCCCUCGGGCCAGUGUCUGCAGGCUUUACUGGAGACCUGCGAGCUAGCCUAGCGUGACAACCUGCUGGCCAGGCCACCCCUGGGCACUACAGAUGGACCCCACGCCAGGUCAGGCUGCAGAGGCCCCACACUUAGCCUCGGACACUGAUUGUGGCAGAGGGGCCACUACCCAAGGUCCAGCUAGGCCCAAGCCAUGUGUAACCUAGACAGCGAGAAAGCCCCAGGAAGGCAAGAAGUUGGGAGCAAGGCAGGGAAGGGAAACAUUUUCAGGGGAAAAAAAAAUGUGACUCACAUUUUUAGAAGCAAGUUGGGUUUUAUGUAACUGAGUGUCCUCUCGAGUGUCUUUGGAAGUAGCCUGGCAGUAGCCCAGGCUUAUGGUGAUUUUGUGUUCACAACCAUGAGUCACACUACAUGCCCUCAUGAAGCUAGGCAUUGGUGAAGUCCAAGUUGUCCUUGAGUAAUAAAGACUUAUGUUUUGA